AUGCCCUCUUUAAACCACAUCACACAGGCUGAUCCAUCCGAUUCCGAACGCAAUCCCCCACCACGACCCGCUAGCCUUUCACUUCGAGCACCUCGUUCUGCCAGCGUACAACAGCUCGUAUCCAGGUGGGAGACGCAACCACUUGCUUCUUUAUUCCCAUCGUCGCCGUCGUCGUCUUCUACUGCACCUUCCAACCUGACUCCACUGCAAACUUUAUCAUCAAACUCGGCACUCUCCUCUGCACCAACCCAUUUCGGUCCAACACCGGCUCAUCGUGCGCUUCUGGCAGCGCCCGUCAAUGCCACCAAUGCCACUCUUGGUCCGCUCGACUGGACGCCCAAAUAUGGUUUGCCUGCCCACCAUGCUCGUCCAUCGCCAUUGUGUUUGGCGACAAAGCACCUCCCCCCAUCCUCCCCCAAGUCUCCUUCGCGCGCCAACCCUUUCUCGGAUUCUAAUCGAAUCUCUCUUGACAGUCCUCAUCAAAGACAUCACCUAAUGCCUCUUCGUUCUGUUCAACCCGCUCAGACCAUCCCCUCGCCGAUCUCCCCCUCCUCCGACGCGGGUCGUUCAUCUCACCUUGAGCGACCGCCUCCAUCGCCUUCACCCUUCUCACCUGCAAGUCAACCAGACACUCCUCAAUCCACUAUCGACACUGUGGCGUCCAAAACUCCAAUACCCAAGCACACAGCACCAGCCCUCGAUCAAACCGGUCUCGCUCCUUCCACAUAUACCCAGCCAAGUACAGAGUCGAAUCUAGAUGCCUCGACCGUGCCAGAUACCCACGUCAACCAACUCUCGAAUCACUUCUCUUCGCAAAACGAGCGGUCAGACGUGCCGCUUCCCGCCGGUCCACGUCCAUCCCGGCCAGGCACCAACAAGCUAUCUGACGUCCCCAGAAACCACGUGGUGCCCCUCGCAACAAAAGAUGGCCUCGUCAAACCUUCUUCCAAUACGCACAUCUUUGAUCUCGAUGCAAAGGUCCCUCUCGGCACCAGCAAGUAUCUUCCUUCAUCCUUCCGUCAGAAUGCGUCCGUACAACCUGCACCCAUACCCCAACGUUCUAGCUCGCACCUGUCCGCGACUUCAACCACCACCCUUGGCGCACAACCAGCCGAGUCUUGGUGCGCAGAAGAUUCUAGCAGCAUUCCUUUGCUUCCAGCUUCGUCCAUCCAAGCCAAUGCACCAAUCAGCUCAUCCGUCAAAGCUCAAGCUACCUUGUGGAAAGACCUCGUCUCGAACGAGAUUUCUCGCGAUGCCGUCGAUUCCAAUGACGACGCACAUCUGCUUCCUGUCUCUGCAGACCAGGUCUUCCGCCGCGAUGCAGCUCCCAUCCAUUUGCCAGCACUGGAAGAGUACCUCCGCAACCCCUUCCUUUUUGGCGAUCCUGUCUUCACCGACUCGCAUCUGGUCUGUACAGAUCAGGAGAAGCAGCUCUUCGGGCUCGACCAAGCUUUGCUUCCGCAGACCGCAUCAGAAUCGCCAUUGUCGUCACGGCUUGGCGCUCUCGAUAUCGACAAGUCGCAUCUUGGCCAAUCUCGAACAAAGUCCAGGCUUGCUCAGCUCGAAGUGGCAGGUGGUCAGAUACAUUGUCCCGCCCUGCUCUACCCGUCCAGCAUCGAUCCAGCCGGCACCUCAAGGAGCGAAAGAGCGCUUCGACGCCGUACAGUUGCUCAAGUAUCCAAACAACGCUCAUCAUCUUCACAACCGUCUAAGCCAAACCACUCGAAGCACAACACUGAAUCAGACACGGAUGACGCGGACCGUUUGCUCGCAAGCUCAACUGGCCGUAAGACGAGCCGCCGAGACGAGAUUCUCGACAAGCUUGCCGAUGACGUGACUGUCGUCAAUGCUCAAGACGAGCGCGCUCUCGAAAGCGAUGACGAUGCUACACUCAAGGCUGACGAUGCUUUCGAAGCAGAAAAAGUAGCCAGCCGCAUCUCGGCCCGUCUCACAAAGAGUCGGGAUGCAUCCACUCAAAGCGGAAUCUCGGAGCCACCAUGCGAGGGCGUCUCGAGCAAGCUCUCCACCGUCUCGAAUCCUGUCACGCGCAAGCAAAUGUUCCCACCGCUCAUGUUGCUAAAGGAGAACAACCUCGACGAACUCAAAUCCAACGCAAUCGGUCCACGAAAGCCACCCGGCGGCAUCUGGGCUGUCGGCUGGCUAGGCAUCAUUUUUGAUAUCGUCAUUGGAGUGGAAGGCAGCACCUUUGCAGCUGGCAUUCUCCGUCUCGAAUCGCUGCGCGAUCUUUUCCAGAUGAUGACGAUUCAACUUCAUUUUCAGCGCUACUUUGACAGCAGCGAUCCCACUUCUACCGCCAGCAAGGUGUUCAAGUUCCUUUUGCAGACACUGCCGGCUGUGCUCGGAUUCGAUCUCGUCUCGGUCUUUGGUUAUGCCGUCAUCUUUUUCGUCGUUUGGAUCAUCAUCACCGCCCUGGCUCUCUGGCGUUUCUGGCUUAUGACCAAGGCGCACAACCCCAACAAGACCGUCGAGGGGUACGACUCGCAGGGCUGGAUCUACAAGAGCGCAUCUCGAGGUACGCGCUUUGCAAACACCUGCUUAGUCUUUGUGCUUGGUCUCCUCUACCUUCCUCUGAGCAAGUUGGCUAUCGACGCACUCGUCUGGUCCAGCGACUUUUGGCCCGUGCCAAAUCCGUACAAGGGAGGCAUCGACGAUCCAGUUCCAGGAGCCCUGCUUGGCGAUCCCGACAUUUGGCAUGCGCCGCUCGACUUUUGCUAUACAACAACCAUGCGCAAAGAUGCUUUCAAUUGGGCGUACAUCAUCCUGCCAAUGGCCGUCCUCACCAUCGUCUUUUACACGCUCUGGUACCCUUACAAGCUCAUGAUGACCAUCAAAGAGAUGUUACCCAAUGUUAGCAAGUUCAACGAGUUGGGACGCAAACGCAGCGAGGAAGAGAUGCAGAUCUACUACCAGCGUCUGCUCAACCGGGACAAAUCGCCUUUCAAUUUUCUCUACAACUCGUAUCACCGCCGGUGGGGCUACUACAAGCCGCUCUACAUUCUGCUGUUCAAGCUCUCCAAUCUGGUCAUCAUCGGCGUCCUGGCCAAGGACAACUGCCUCUUCCGCUCGUAUCCCACCCGGACCAUGCUGGUUGUGCAGCAGGGCACGCUCAUUGCUGUCAUGGCUUCGUUGCUCGGACUGCAUCUCUUGCUUCGGCCGUUUGUUGACAAGAUCGGCAACCGAUCCGAGAUGGUCUCGCGUGUCGGCUACGUCUGCACGGCCAUUAUUGGUCUGCUUGUCGCGCUCAACGUGCAAGGAUCAACCGUGUACAACACCACGAUCCUCUACAUUAUUCAGGGCUUCACUUACUGCGCCAACAUCUACUUUGCGCUCAUAGGCAUGUCGUUCGUUGCGCAUCAGGUCAAAAGGUGGCAGAGCCGUGUGGACUAUACGAUCGACAUCUUUUCUCCCGUACUCGACAUCACCAAGCAUAUCAAGCGUCGCGUGUGGGAAGAGACGCUAUCAAUCCUCAUCCUUUGCGGUCGCGAGUACCACAUGCCGCUUGAGCAGGUGAUUGCGUUUUCCGUCUCCGACGACGAGCAGUGGCCGCCUUACCUGAUUGAUUUCCAGGGCUCGGUUGCGGAGCGUCACAUUGAGAACCUUAAGAUCGUCAAGCAGAUCGGCAUCGAGGCAUAUCGUGACCAAGUCGACGUUUCUCGCACCCAACAAGGCAUGCGUCGCCAAAGGCUCCUGCGCACCAUCCAGAGCGACUUUGCAGGACCCGACGCGUACUGGCGACCCACAGAGCCGCCGUUCGCGUCUGGCGUCAUGUCAUUCUUCGGAAAGGCGUUUUUGGUGCCUUUUCCACCAACGCUGGUCAUGCGCUACGACGAGGGCAACCAACACGAAGUGACAUUGUCCCGCAUCGAAGACUUGGAAGCUUUCGUCGACCAAAAUUCGGAUCCCAAGAUCGUCAGCAAAAAGAUGGUCCGCCAGGCUUUGCGUGCGUUGGAGGGUCAAAAGGUGUUCUGUCCGUAUGUCUGCAAUAUCCAGAUUGGCGAUGCGACCAGCGGCAUGGCGUUUGUCGACAAGCUGUUUGGGCGCAUCUCGGAACGGCGUAAAGCUUUGCCAAGAUUCGGCGUGCGCGCAUCAGCCGCGGGCGGUCGCUCAGAAUACGUGCUUGCGACGCCGAUCUCGUAUGUCGAAGGCACCCUCAAGAUCGAACGUCGAAACGAGUUUGUUUGGGCUGGCUACAAUUUCGACGGUGGGUUUCAAGUCUCGAUCGUAUUCGAAGAGGGUAGAAUGAAGCAAGCAUCUGGUGGCAUCACUCUGGUUCGGAGGCAAGUUGAGGUGAGCGCAUCGCGCGCGUUUGGUCUUAGCGAAGACUUUGAGAUGAACGCUACACUUUCGCGGUUCCUGCAAGACAACGAGCGACUGGUGAUCGAGCGUGUAGGCCUGGUGGACAAGGCGCUGCGCAAGUAUCGACGCCACUUUGAGCGUGAGGCGCAGUGGAAGGAGCGCGUGCUACCGUAUUCGUUCCUCACGGACGUGUUUGACAACGACGGGCUGAGCCCGCUCGGUCUGCGCAUGGCGUUGGUCGAAACGGGAUGUGCACGCAGCAUGCGCAAUCUGCCCGUCCAGUAUGAAGGCAGUAUCACGCUUAUGUACGAGCGGCUAGCGGCGAUCAAUCGCUCGGCUGUGCAUCGAUUCUGGUGGAUGUUUUUUGACGAACUCUGGCGGCUCAACAGCAACGACUACAGCCAGUUGCGAAAGUUCAGGCGCAGCUUUUCGCCGCAGUAUCCGAGUUCGAUUGCUUACCGACCCAUGCCGAGGAGCGAGCUCGAGAGAUUUUUGCACAAGCGCGGAUUGUGGAAGAAAGCGGGUGCUAACGGUGGGCCGUUCAAUCGAGGGUUGUUGAACCGCAUCUACUUUUCGCUCAAUGAGAUCGUGUUUGCAGGGCAUCACGAUGGACGUCUCAUCAAGCCACGCAGAGGAUGGUCGGACCAACACGGGCAAGGGGCACACAAGUCGGAUGCGCGCCACCAGGACGCGUUCCUAGACGCAGUUGACUCGGAGCUAUGUCGAGCUGCAACGAUCAAAGUGGGACUCGGACACGAUGCGACGCAGGCGAGACGCCAAGACUUUUGCACGAUCGACAACCAAGCAUGCUCUUGGCUUGAUGUUGCGAGCGCAGGCCAUGCGAGACAAGACCGAUCGUGGGGGAUGACAGCUAACGCCUCGAUUACACCUUCGCAGUACACCGGAGGUGGCACAGCCUACUCGACCGACAGCGUCGUCGUGCGCACAGCCUAUCGGUGGGAACAGCGCAUGCACGCUCACGCCACCGACACCGCAUGGCAGCGCUUUAAAGUGCGAGCGUUGCAGUGGUUGUCGCUGCACCCCGUAGUGCUCAACUUGGAGCGCGAGAAACUGUACCUCUACCUGAAACUCGUGCGUGUCGACGACGCGCCAAGCCGCAGCGAGAGGUACGAACUGCUCAAGCCGAGUAGCAGGCAACCAUACACUUGA